UUUUUGAGUGAGGUUGAUCGAUAGUUAACCGUUUAAAAAUAAAAUUAUUAAUAUAGGUUGUAAUUAGAGGUGUUUUUGAGGGUUUAAAAGGGAUUAUUUCUAUUUUUUAUAGUUACUAAACGUAUCUACAUAUAAUAAUUGAGGAAUUUGAAGAUGCUUGGAAGAAAUAAAGUUCCAUAUUAUCAGAAAUUGUUUGAAGAAAAUGCUCAUCUUCCUGUUUAUUUUAGGAUGCCAAGAAGUAAGCUAAUAAUAUAUCCAUAUAUGGCAUUGUGGUGUUUUAGUUUAUUUGGAUCAUUAUGGGGUGUUAUGAGAUUGAUUAGGGUAUGUUUUUUUAAUAAUAAGAAUUAAUGUAAAGAUUUAAGGGUAC